AUGAUGUCGCUACCUUUCCCAGCUCCUUCCCAGACCUCACUUCUUCUGCACGGGCGUGGACAGCGCCGCAAGCAAGUCAUCGCCGCGGGCGGCGCCGUGCUUCGCGUCGUCGCGUCGUCCCGAUCUCUAGCGCGGCCCCGCCCCGCUGUUGGCUUGUUGCGGGGACACUCGGCACCUCAUCAGUCGUUGCCGGCUCGCUUCUACCGUGUCCGCCUCUUGCAUCUUUGCUGUUGCUUUUUUGUCAGUGUCUCGUCUGCUGAGUUUCCGCGACUGCUUAAUCCUCAACUUGUUCUGCUCUCGCCUGCAGAACUGCGAAGAUUCAUGCCUGAUGAAAAGUUAGAUGUCGUCGAAGACUACGAAUAUGAACUGUCUGAUAUUGAAAUACAACAGCUCAAGGAACAUAAUCAACGUCGAGUGAAACGUGUGGUGGCUCUUGUGGCCGUCCUAAUGACACUACUCGCCCUGGGCCUCGUCACGAUGUCGUUAGCGUUGGGCAACCGGAUCGAUAUGAUGGUGGAACAAGACUUGGAAAAACGAGCUGCUGACGAAUUUCUACGUACCGGAAUCAACAUCACUCAAAAUCGGUAG